AUGUGUAAAGCAUCUACCACAGUGCCUGGAACAUGCCACUGCAUCCUGCGGCCACUGCAUCCCACGCCCAGCACCUACCACCCACCACGAUCUCUGACACCAUGCCCAAGAAGAAAGGCUAAAGGGGAUGCUAAAGGAGUUAAAGCCAAGGUGAAGGACAAACCACAGAGAAGAUCUGUGAGGUUGACUGCUAAACCUGCUUCUCCAAAGCCAGGGUCCAAGCCUAAAAAGGGCCCUGCAAAGAAUGGAGAGAAGGUACUCAAAGGGAAAAAGGGCAAAGCUGAUGCUGGCAAGGAGGGGAAUAACCCUGCAGAAAAUGGAGAGGCCAAAACAGACCAUGCACAGAAAGCUGAAGGCGCUGGAGAUGCCAAGUGA